AUGAGCGUGGCAGCCGCAGCAGCAGCCAGCGUUGCGCCCGCUGUGCGCGCCUUCCGCAAGCCUCCCAGGAUACGCAAGUCGCUGAAGUACGAUCAACACGGUUUGCCCAUUCCUCAUGUCGACAUCGCCAUCCGUGACAUUGCUCCAUGUCGUCUGCGGGAACACUACUACACCACCCUCCAGGACGACCUCAUGUACAUGACCUACGUCCAUGAGUCUGGUCACCGUCCUCCACCUCGGCAAAUCCGUCUCAGGUUCGACCCCAAUGACCCAUACUCGAGAAACCGCCGCAACAGUCCAACUGUUGUCCAGCUCGACAGCAUAGUCCUCCACACCAUGCAAAAAGACGCAAUCAAUAACAGGAGCUCAUUGGUCGGUGCUAUUGCUGCAUUCCGUGCGCUCUCUGGAGAGACAGAAAACGGUGGAGGCAGGUCGUCCCGCGGUGGUGUGGAGAUCGUAAAGGGAAAAAAGGCAGUCAGCGGUUGGGUCCGCCCAGGCUUGCCUCUGGGUUGCAAAGUAACCCUCAAGGGUCCCAAGAUGUACGACUUCAUCGCAACCCUGACGGAAUUCGUCUUCCCGAGGAUGCGUGAGUUCAACGGCAUCGUUCUCCUACCAGCUUCUUCGACCAUGAGAACUCCAAGCGGUGUAGCAGGCGUCGUCAGCUUCGGGUUGCCUCCCGAGGCCAUGGGGCUCUUCCCUCAAAUAGAGGUCAACCUAGAUGCAUACCCCAAGCCUAUUGGGUUCCACGUACAUUUCAUCACAAAUGCGGAAGGUGCAGGCGCACAAAAUCGUGCGAGGGCACUGCUCUCAGGCUUCCAGAUUCCCUUCGCUCGCAAGUAG